UCCUGCAGACUUUCUCCUCGGACUGCUGAGCUCACCCAGACUCUCUCUGCAGCACACUGAGACUGUUUCUCUGCUGUAGAUGUGAAGAGGACUGAGGAGGACCUGUGGAGGGUUUCCUGACAGGAUCACCUGCUAGAUGAAGAAAAUUUACAGCGGGCAGAUUUCUCUGUGAAGAUCGACGACGCUGAACCGAACCACAGCUGCAGAAUGACGGCUGCCACAAAGCUUCUGGAUGAAAUGUGCCAUCUAACGGCUCAGUCUCUGAUUCCAAUGGACACAUCGGAACACUUUAAUGUCCUAAAGCUCCUGGGGGAAGGCUCAUACGGGAAGGUCGUGCUGUCUGUUCACAAGAAAACAGGCACGCCAAUGGCUCUGAAGUUCUUCCCUCGUGAGUCCACCUCUCUUUUCUCUUUCCUGAGGGAAUAUAACCUCUCGUUGUCAUUCUGUACCCACCCAUCCCUGACCAGAGCUCUGGGAAUCGCGUACUCCACACCGUCACACUAUGUCUUUGCUCAGCAAGCAAGUCUCUUUGGAGAUCUCUUCGACGUCAUCUUGCCUGAGGUCGGGAUGGAAGAGGAUGUUUGUCAGCGAGUGGUGUCCCAGCUUUGUGGCGCUCUGUCCCACCUGCACUCUCUUGGUUUUGUCCACAGAGACCUCAAACCAGAGAACGUCUUCCUCUGUGACUCCGCCUGUCGUUGGGUCAAACUUGGAGACUUCGGCAUGGUCAAGGCCAGAGGCACCAGGGUCCCUGAGGUCUGGUACAGCUCUCCUUACUGCACCCCUGAGGCUGAGAUCGCCCGUGGAAAUGAGGACAGCUGGAGCAGCAUGACUGAUGGGAACAAUGCCAUGAAGAAUAAUGAAGACGUGAAAAAGGACAGAGUUUGGGUGUCUGUCGAGCCCAGCACGGACAGCUGGGCGCUGGGAAUCCUGACGUACGCCAUGCUCACAGGCAGUCAUCCAUGGGCCGAAACCGCCAGCGACUGCCGCUCAUUCCUGAAGUAUCAGGAGUGGUUUGAGAGAGCGAAAGGCCCAGAGGAUGAACUGGACGUGUGGGCAGAGCCUCAAGAUGAGAGCGCUCAGGAUGGUAGCGACUUCAUUGAGGCGGAACUUGGAAAGAACGACCGCCCGCCUGUAGCGCCUCAGUUUGCAUGUUUCACCCCACUGGCGCGUUCAUUCUUCUUAUCGCUGCUCGACCCGAGGCCCCGGUCUCGCGGUCGACCUGAGGACGGGCUGAAUUACCUCGGAGGGGAGUGGCUGAUGGAGCGGGAAAGGGUUCGGUUGGACGAGGAAAGGAAGAAGAGCAGAGGGAAAGGAGCCAUCAAGAAUGUGAAAGAGAUGGAGGGAAGAGGAGAGCGAUGAGGAGAUGAUGGACUACUGUUAAAGCCAAAAGACCUCUAUGGUGGGAUGUUUCGGGCUUACCUGUUGUAGCCCUCUACAAUGGUCUGACCUCAAUGGUGAAGCUGGAAGUGGCGUUCUAACCCUUGCUGGGUUUUUCCCUUAGUUGGUAGUGUGCAAUUUUUAAUUCUAUCUCCCUUACCCAUACCCUAACCCUGACCUCUCAGGUCUGAGCGCUUAACCCUAUCUCUCCUUGGGCUUGUGUGCUGAAUUAAAACUCCCCCUCAGUAAAUUUUUAUUUAAAAAUUCUGCUAUUGUAAAAAAACAUCCAAUUACUGUAACCUCUGAAAACGAGCAGAAAAUCUUCAUCACUUAGUACAUCAUUCUGGUUCUGGCUGUAGAGGUCUGCAGCCAGAUCCUCUUGGGGGAACUCGGGGGAUGAAAUUAGCUCAUGCUGUGAGCAAUACAACAGUUUUCUAGAGAAACCUACCCAACGGAGAUGUUUUGUAUUGUAUAGACUUCAAAAUACCACUCACUGACUUGCGCCUCUUACUCUAGCAUGGUUGCAUCUGCAUCAUUGAAAUGUGCCCAAGUGCAUAAAUCAUGCCUGAGACCACCUCUGUCAGUUGCAUUAACACUAAACCCAUGUUUGAAGUCAGGUGUAUGAGGGCCCAGGUCCCUGAUGUGAAAUCACCCUUAGCCUUUGCCUUUUUACCAAAUGGUUUUAAUGCAGGUUAACUGGCUUCUUUUUAGCUGAAGGCUGAAGUGUAAACAAGUGCCGUGAAGCUGCUACACUUCUUACCAGUGCUACAUAGUACUGAAAGCAGCUUGGACACUCUGUGGAAAUGGGGUCGACACUAUUUUCCCUGUUGAGAGUUAUGGCAGUGUUAGACUGACUUCAAAACUUUUUUCUUAUGGAAAUGCUUGAAAUGCUUCUGCAAAAAGAGGAAGACGCAAUUUCUCACGACACAUGAAAGAAAGAGCUUUAGGGAGCAGUCCUAACAAGAAAAGCCAAAAAUAUGACAAAAAUCUUCCUCCAGCUGGUUUCCUGAUGUUGCAUGUGAAGGCCGACGGGAGAUAUAAUCCCACGUGUUCAUUCUCUUCCAUUACAUUGGAAAAAUCCCCUUUAUUUAAUGCAAAAAGCAUGGCCCAAAUAAACAUGCUUUCCAUUUUUAGAGACAGUUAAACAGCCAUGAGCUGUUUCAGUGAUGGUGUCAUUUGUUUCUGGAUGAUGAUAAAUUCCUUUCACUGUUUUAUUUAUUUUUUAAAUAAACAUUUACAACAGGACUUUCAGUAUUUCAUCAGAUGCAAACCGAGUGGAAAACAGCUGUCGUUCCAGGGAUUAUUUGACUUUAGUUGGGCUGUAACGCUAUCAUGUCCUUGUAAAAGAUACUGUACCUUCUUUAGCGCAAUGCAUCUAUAUUAGGGUGUAGACUUUAGAGUGUAUAAAUCACAGCAGGUCAUAACUGGAUGGACAGCAGGAGUGCACAGUUUUUCAAGCCAUAAACACGUCUGCUAGCAUUCAAAGGGGGGCAGUGUGAAAACUUUAAUACUCUUUAUAUAUAACAUGUUUUGACACAUUUUUAAAGGUGGAAAAUAUUAAGUAUAAAAUAAACUAUUCAAAGACAUUUUGUCAGUUUAUAUUCACACAUGUUGCUUAUUUUUUGCAGCUCUUUUGUAGCAUUGCACUGUAGCCGGCUGUUUCAUUAGCUAGCAGCUUUAAGCUAACGUGAGAUUUGACUCUGAUAGCAGUUAUCCUGAGCUGUUCUCUGUACCUGAAGCACUUUAUACUUCAAUGCUUAACAAUGUCUGUUACUUUAUAUUAAAACUGUAUCAAAUUUAUCAAAAUGUAUGUAUUAUAUAAGAUUUAUGGAUCCAAAAUGAUUUUAAUAAUAAUGCUGCAGUGGAUUUUUGUUGCACUGACUUUUGGCAGAAUUGUUACUGUGUUGAAAGUUUAAAAUGUGAAAGAAACAAUAAAUAAAACUGUGUUUAAGACUCA